UGAGAAUUAGGCAGACGCGUCAAGUGACCGAGGAAGGUGAAGUAAGUAGCACCUUCCAUCUGGCAUUUGAUGUUCGACCCCGCGAUCCGAAAUCGGGCGCGGCAGGUACCGUUGAGCUGCUAUUGAUGAGUCGCACCUGCACUGCGGGGCGAAGCGAGGGGCCCUUGCAAAACCACCAACAAUUGCAUCAUCACUUCCCCCCUCACCUCAUCGCGAAUAUUUUUGCAUUCAUUGUUUGAUCCACAACUUCACUUCAACCUCAACCUCAAAACAGAUCCUCUUUUGGCGACUGCCGUGGCGCAAUCAUGGGUGGCAUCACCUUCGACAAAACUCUCCCCCUCACAAACUCAUCCCUCACCAUCCCCCAGCUCGGUUUCGGCGUCUACCUCUCUCCUGCAGAUGUCUGCAAAGCCUCAUGCCUGACCGCCUUGAACGUCGGCUAUCGACACAUUGAUACAGCUCAGUUCUAUGCAAACGAAGCUCAAGUUGGCCAAGCCCUGAAAGAGUCCGGUUUGAAUCGCUCAGACGUCUUCAUCACCACCAAGAUCCUCUCUGCAAGUGGGUCGGUCGAUAAAUCAUACCAGAAGUGUCUCGACAGUAUUCGCAAGAUUGACGACCGAGAAGAUGGCUACGUGGACUUGUUCCUCAUUCACAGCCCUAAUGCCGGAAGCAAGGCUCGCAAAGAGAUGUGGUUAGCCCUUGAAAAAUUGCUGGAACAAGGCAAGGCGAAAAGCAUUGGUGUCAGUAACUUUGGUGUCCGCCACAUCAAUGAAUUGAAGUCUUUUGCCACAACAUGGCCACCCCCGGUCAAUCAGAUCGAGCUUCAUCCAUGGUGCCAGCAACGGAGCAUCGUCUCAUACUGCGAAAAGAACAACAUCGUCAUCGAAGCCUACUCGCCACUGGUUCGCAAUUACAAGGCCAACGACCCGACCUUGGUAUCGCUGGCUAAGAAGCACGACAAAACCACAGCACAGAUCCUCAUCCGCUAUUCUUUACAAAAGGGUUGGGUUCCGUUACCCAAGAGUGACAGUCCCGAGUAUAUCAAACAAAAUGCCGACGUGUUUGAUUUUGAGUUGGAUGGGGACGAUAUGAAAACCCUGGAUGACUUAGACCAGGGUGACGCUGGAGCCAUUGUCCAGGCUGUUUCAAACGAUUAAUACUGGAGUUAACGGAUGGGUCGAGGAAGAUGUAUCGGAAUGCAGGAAAUAAAAUUUGGUCUUCGGAGGACAAUCACUAGGUAAAUGAAUUCGUCAAUUCCAUCUGAUCAUACUUUGGCAUCCACUCUCAGUAGAUCAUCUCCGACUACUCCCACCAAUUCUCAUGCAAAGACCUCAGGUCGACAUGGUCGCCGGGCUUUUGCAAGUAUCCAACUAUAUCGAAAGCGGGGUCCAACUCUUUCUUCGUCCAGCCGCUGCUCAAAUAUUCAAAGCGACCGACAUCAACCGUUCCCGCUUGGCCUUCACCGCUGUCGAACUUCUGGUACUCGUACACCCAAUCUUCCCACCGAGGCUCCUUUCUGACAACGGUCAUAUGAGCGGCGCUUCCUGGCCAAUGUCCGUGGAUGAAACUGCCCGCGAUACCGCUGUUGGCCCAUGAACUGCAAUUUUGGGAAAAGACCGUGGCGGGGAAAAACUUCUGAGAAGCGUAGCGGAUGAAAUCGUCAGUGGCGGGGUCACUCGGGGCUAUGCUUUUGAUUCCCUGGGUCGACACCUUGCGCAGCAGUUUGGCAUAGUAGGUGAUUUGCACCUCGGCGGCCUGGGGAAUCGUUCCAGAGGCGCCAGCAGCAUGCGCACCAAGGAUCCAAAGCAGGUUGGGGAAUCCGGGCGUGGCCAACCCGAGAUAAGUAUGCGGGUAACCCCAUUUUCCACCAGGAGUCCAGGCAGAACGAAGGUCAACACCCCCUGCCACAAUUGGGAAUGGUGGUUUGAAGUCGGUGUUGGCCCCCGUGGCGGCGAAAAUGGCAUCCACUGGACGAUGAACACCGUCAGUCGUCACGAUACCCGUCUCGGUGAAGCGCUCAAUU